UUAAGCUCAGCUUUCACAGUCUUCUUUACUUAAUUUUAUUAUUAUGAUGGAUUAUUCAGUUUAAUCUCUCCCACUAUCACCACCUUCAGAAUGUAUUUUUCUACAUUUACAGUACAUUUCUGUUAGUGGGUUUGUGUCAGUUCUUUGAAUAUCUAUUCUAUUGUCUGUUCUCUCUGUGAUAGUAACUCAACUUAUUAACUCAUUUUCUAUCUCUCACUCUCAUGCAUGACAGAAUUUUUUACUGAAAAAAGUACAUAUUUUCAUUUAUUCUCUAAAUUAAUUUUUAUUAAAAGCAUUGUUUUUUUUUCUUCUUCUUCCAUUUGCAAUCCAUUCAGAAUGGGUUUUUAGAUUUUCUUCUUCUUUUCAUUGCUUAUCAGUUACUACUAGUCUUACUUACUACUGAAUGUGGGUCUUUGUCUCAAAAUCUUAGUAGCUUUUUCUUUUGUUUGUUCUUCCUUGAAGAUUACCCAAUGUUUUUAUAAUCCUCUUGCUGUGGAUUUCAAGAUUUCUUUGCUCAUUAUUUUGUUUUUUUGAUGAGAGAAUGAGAAGAAUGAAAGAGGUUGAUUUCAUAAUGCUACUUUUCUUGUUCAUCAUCAUCACCAGCACUACAGCAAUUCAUGGAUCUAUUACAGGUUCCGAUUUAUCUCCGUCGCCAGAAACUUCUUUUGUAAUUCUUCCUGAUGACAGAGCACCUCCCUCUCUUUUCGAUGAAAGCUCGCCACCAACCAAUGCACAAAGUCCAGCCACACCCUUGGAAGGUUCAUUAGACUCUACACUGGGGAUCCCUCCUAUUCCACAGAAUAAUGAAGGGCCAGUUGUAUCGAUACCAUUGAACCCUCCACUAAUGUUCCCGAUAGAAAAUUCAGCACCUCCACCACUGUUGCCAAUAGAAGAUUCAGCACCUCCACCAAUGUUCCCCGUGCAAAAUUCAGCGCCUCCACCAAUGUUCCCGAUACAAAAUUCAGCGCCUCCACCAAUGUUCCCGAUACAAGAUUCAGCACCACCGCCAAUGUUCCCAAUACAAGAUUCAGCACCUCCACCGACAUUGCCAAUACAGAAUUCAGCACCUCCACCAAUGUUCCCAAUACAAAAUUCAGCACCUCCACCAAUGUUCCCAAUACAAAAUUCAGCUCCUCCACCAAUGUUCCCAAUACAGAAUUCAGCUCCUCCACCAAUGUUAUCGUCACAAAAUUCAGCGCCUCCACCAAUGUUACCGAUACAAGAUUCAUCACCUCCACCAAUGUUCCCGAUACAAGAUUCAGCUCCUCCACCGAUGUUCCCAAUAAAAUAUUCAGCACCUCCACCUUUGUUUCCAAUACAGAAUUCAUCACCUCCACCAAUGCCUCCCAUAUUGAAUUCGUUACCUCCAUUAACAUCGCAAGCACAAAAUCAAGCACCACCACCAAUGCCCAUUAUAGAGCUUCCACCCCCCAUACCACCAACUUCUUCGUCUCAUACACCAGACACUCCCAUUGUAACUCCGGUGUCAGCUCCUCCCCCCAGAGUCGGUCAAACGAGCUACAAAGUUCCUGUUAAAACUCAUGCACCACAAGAGCCCAUGAGACCAAAUAAUGCCCACAAGAGGCUACACGUUCCCGCAUCAUCACCCGUAAACUAUGCAAAUAAGAAGCCCAGGAUGUCUGCUCCUGAACCGAUAGCAUAUUUACCUCCUCCUUCUGGUGGCCAAGGCUUUCUUAUUUCUCCUGCAGCUUCAGAACCUCCAACUGUACUCCCGGAGAGAAAUAGACCAAGGCACCGUCUUCAUAUACCCAAAAAGAAAGGUCCUGCUGACUUCCCAUCAUCCCCAUCUCCUUCUCCCACACCUCCAUCCAUAUCAACAAUUUCAACUGGCGGAGCCAAAAGAGCUUUUGGACCGAAGUCGAAACCUCACUUUCCAACACCUGUCCUAGCAUUACCACCUCCACCUCCUAAUGAAGAUUGUACGUCAGUGUCAUGUACAGAGCCAUUUGUUAAUACACCUCCAGGAGCAUUCUGUGGCUGUGUUUGGCCAAUGCAAGUUGGACUUCGUUUUAAAGUUGCCUUAAUUACCUUCUUCCCAUUAGUUACAGAACUGGCCGAGCAAGUAGCAGCCGGGGUUUUUAUGCAACAAAGUCAAGUUCGUAUUAUGGGAGCAAAUGCAGAUGGAAAGCAGUUAGAUAAGACCAUUGUUCACAUUGAUCUGGCACCAUUUGGUGAAAAAUUCGACAAUGCCACGGCACAUUUUACCUAUGAACAGUUUUGGAAAAAACGGGUUUUCCUAAAAACUUCUAUCUUUGGUGAUCACGAAGUAUUAUACGUUGAAUAUCCAGGUCUUCCUCCCUCACCGCCUUCAGCUCCCUCCAUGCUAAAUGGAGGGUUAAAUUCUGUACAUGGAAAUCACGGAAGGACAAUGCAUCCUCUCGCAGUUAAUAUUCAAAUGAGAAAGAAAGGAGGGAUUGGCGGGAACAUGAUUUCUAUCAUAGUUUUAUCAUCGGUGAUAGUCAUUGGAUUAUGUAUGGGAGUUGCUUGGCUAUUGUUGAGAAAGCAGGGAGACAAUUCGGGCUUAGUACCACCAUCGAAAUCCUCAGCAGCUAUGGACAAAGCCAUGAUAUUAGGUGGUGGGUUAAGCUCUACAUCUUGCUCUAGCAUUGGAACAUAUACGGGAUCGGCUAAAACAUUUAGUAUAGGUGAGAUUUUAAAAGCAACAAAUAACUUUGAUGCAUCAAAAAUACUCGGAGAAGGCGGUUUUGGACUUGUUUACUAUGGUAUUCUUGAUGACGGGGCAAAGGUGGCUGUUAAAGUUCUCAAAAGAAAUGAUCUGCAAGGUGGUCGAGAAUUCUUGGCUGAGGUUGAGAUGCUUAGCCGUUUGCAUCACAGGAACUUGGUAAAAUUGAUUGGAAUAUGCACAGAGGAACGCUCUCGAUGCUUGGUUUAUGAACUCGUUCCAAAUGGCAGCGUGGAUUCUCACUUACAUGGUGUGGGAAAGAAAAUUAUGCCACUUGAUUGGAGUUCGCGGUUGAAAAUUGCACUUGGUUCUGCUCGUGGUUUAUCUUAUUUACACGAAGACUCAAACCCUCGCGUGAUUCAUCGGGAUUUCAAGUCCAGCAAUAUCUUGCUGGAGAAUGAUUUUACUCCCAAGGUGUCUGAUUUCGGUUUGGCUAGAACAGCCCUGGAUGAUGGAAACAAGCACAUCUCGACUCACAUUAUGGGAACUUUUGGAUAUGUAGCUCCAGAAUAUGCAAUGACGGGUCAUCUUCUUGUCAAGAGUGAUGUUUAUAGUUACGGUGUAGUUCUUCUCGAGCUUCUGACAGGAAGGAAACCUGUAGACAUGUCACGACCACAAGGUCAAGAGAACUUGGUUACCUGGGCACGUCCGCUUCUUAAUAAUUCAGAUAGCUUGGAAAUGAUCAUUGAUCCAUCUAUUGGGUCUGUUUCAUUCGAUAGCGUAGCCAAAGUAGCCGCGAUAGCUUCAAUGUGUAUACAACCAGAGGUAUCUAACCGUCCUUUUAUGGGUGAAGUUGUCCAAGCCUUAAAGUUAGUAUGUAAUGAAUGCGAUGAAAAUAACGUAGUAGUAUCAGAAAGUUCUAGCCAAGAGGAUUUAACGCUUCUAAGAACUGAUACCAGAACUAGUACAGGUUCUGAUCUACCUCCAGAACCUUCUUCACGAGCUGAUUAUAGAAUAAUCGAUUAUGAUUUUGAUUCUUCUCAAGAAAUGACAAGGCCGUUAUCUGUAUCAGACAUAUUCACUAGUUCACCAGGUUUUGACAAGAGUUCAUUAGAAUCUUUUAGAAGGCAUUCUAGUUCGGGACCGUUAAGAACCGCGAGAAGCAGUCAGUUUUGGGAUAGGGUGCGAGGAAUACCUGCCGGAAGCAUGAGUGAGCAUAGAUUUGCAUUCAGACUAUGGGCAGGUCCUCGCUGAAGUUUCUGCAUGCUGUCAAGAACACUUGAGAAUAUUCAUCAUCCAUGACGGUUUCAUGACCAAUCCAGUCCUUAGAACUUCAAAAAUGGUUGCAGAAGUUAACCUUGGAGAAUUGAUUGGUCACUGUUAUUUCGGUGACUGGUGAAGGACUUCAAGAUUUGAGAUGUUUUUUUUGCUCAUUGAUGUAACUUAUGUUCAUAGGAGAAAAUCAUAUUGUACAUGCAAUUUUUUCUUUUUCUCACCUUGUAAUAGUAUAUUGUCUGGAAAGAACUUAAAUUCUGUAAGAGCAUGGUAAUUGGAUAUUUGAGUUUCCAUCACUAAUGCUGCAUCUUAGUUGAGGCAACA